UCAGCUGGAUCUUUUUUUUAGUGUUUUCACAGCUCACUCCCAACUUUGCACAACACACCAUGGCCAAAGUACGCAACCAAUCCGUGCGGUCGCGCGCCGCGAGACGACAAGCCUCGCCGAGCCUCGACGUCGAUAAAUCGCUGAAAUCGCUGCCGCGGGCUGAAGACACCCCCGUGUCGAGGGAGUCUGUGCUCACGGACCGGCGGAACUCGGGCAUUAUGAAGAAGCAGAAGGGGAAGGCUUUGACGAGGGCGCAGAAGCAGAGGCAGAUGAAGGGGGUGGAGCGCGCGGAGGCUGUCAUAGAUCAGAUGGAGAUCAAGGUGACAAGGAGUUCCACUCGGGCGAAGACGAUUAAGGCGCGAAGUGCCGAUUGGGACGAUUUGAACAAAAAGUCCAAAGGGAGCGUGUUUCAGGCUCUUAACGAUGCUGAGGGUGAUGUUGAGGAUGAGGGUGAUGGUGAUGCCAUGGUCGACGAUUCUGGCGCUCCUGCUCCUGCGGCGACCGAUGCGCCGGCCAAACCUGCAGCAAAGCCCGUGUUUGCGACGCAGAACCCAGCCGUGGCCGACCAUGCCGAUAACGACGAAGACGAAGAGAUUACGUGAAGGACGGACAGAUCUGUAAAAAUGACGGAGGCGCGGCGCUAUUUUCUCGGUCUUAGCUGAUUGAUCAUUCGCUCAAUUUCGCUCGCGGCUGGCCCCGAG